AUCUUCUGAUUUGUUUCUCCCUCCAAUGGCGCCUCGUCUUUUCGCAUGUUUUGGCGUCAAAGGAUCUUCAACUUCCACCACCACCGGAAAAGGUAUUUCAGGUCAUAACGCGGCUGUUGUAGCUGCUGAUGUUCCGGUAGGUGAUGGACCUGUUCUUGUUCAGCUUUUCUCAUCUCAAGGAUGUAAAACUUCGCCGGAGGCAGAGAUGCUUGUAUCACGUCUUGGACGUGGUGAUUUCGAUGGAAAGAUCCGUCGAGACGGUGGAUCUAGUGGUUCUCCGGCGAUGGUUUUGGUUUUUCACGUUGAUUAUUGGGAUUAUCUUGGAUGGAAAGAUCCGUAUGGAUCGAGUCAGUGGACCGUGAGACAAAAGGCGUAUAUCGAGGCGUUGAAUCAAGAUACAAUGUUUACUCCACAGUUUGUUGUCCAAGGUCGUGUUCAAUUACUUGGGAAUGAAGAAGAGUCCUUGCUUAAGUCUAUUGUUGAAGCUCCUAGGUUUCCAUCUCCGGCGUUUCGGGCCACAUUCCAAAGACCAACCUCAGAAACCCUACAAGUAUCUCUCACAGGAGCUUUGAGGAUGAAAGUUGACUCGAGCGGGAUCGAUAUAAUGGUGGCGCUAUACGAGAACGGUUUAGUGAACGAUUGCCCUCGAGGAGAGAACUCAGGAAGAGUCUUGUCCAAUGACUACGUUGUAAGAAAGCUAGAAAAGUUAUGCACCGUUAAAGAUUUAACGGCGAAAAAGACGGUGUCAGAAACGGCUCAUUUCACGGUUUGGGAUGGAUUCAACAGCUCUAAAUGUGGAGUCGCUGUUUUUAUACAGAACACAUCUCUUCAAAUUUUUGGUACGCAGAGUUUUCAAUUGCCUGAUGAGAUUUGACAAAGGAACAAAAAUUCUGUAUCUAUUUUUAUAGAAAUGAAAUUUGCACUUUUGU